AUGACGUCUGAUCUACAAGAACAACAUAAGCAUUUGAAUGCUAGUUUUAUCAUUACAAAUCUCAAGGAGCUCUUUUAUAAUCGUGCUAGACAUGAGCGAUAUGAGGCAUCGAAGGCAUUAUUUAGAUGCCAAUUGGCUGAGGGAGCCCAAGUUGGCCUACAGGUAAUAAAGAUGAUUGGUUACAUUCAGAGGCUUGAGACUUUGGGUUUUGUCAUGGAUGUAGAACUUUCUAUGGACUUUGUUUUGCAAUCCUUGCCUGAUUCCUUCUCCCAAUUCAUAUUGAAUUUCAAUAUGAAUGCAAUGGAGAAGUCCCUCUCUAAGCUCCUAUGUAUGCUGAAGACAUGA